GAUAACAUAGACCGGAGGCGGGUUCGAGUGGAAGUCCAUUUUUCGGAUCAAAGCUGUGUUUACUCCGGCGACCCUGCUCGGAACUUUUCACCUUCUUUCUCGCGCCAAUUAGAGUGACCAGCCGGACUCACUUCACUCUCGCCGGUUGCCGCUGACUUUACUCCCUGUUACCAUCUCAUAACAGUUUCGUCUUCUUUUGGUUGAUAGUUUGCAGAGAAGGUUCGUCAUGGAUUAGCUUGUCAAUAGAAAGUUGGAGCAAGAAAAAAGAUGGCUCAAUUGUGCGAUUCUAAUGGAUUUUCGAGUAAAGCCGACUGUGAAACUAGUGACAUUGAUUGGGUCUGUGAACUCGAUUAUAUUCCAUUGGCGUUUCGGCGUCAGCUUUUAAUGGCAAGGAAGCUGAAUUCAUGCUCGCCUGAUAGUCAAUCAACUCCUCAAAAGAUCGUUACAAAGAAGGGAAACGAGGAACGUGAUUCGCAGAACAUGUGUACCUUGCAGGGCUGUUCCACUGCUCCUGUUUCCUCUGUCAAAAAAGAGAUAGAUCAGCAGUUGGUGCAGUCACAAAGUCAUGAAACUAAUGUUUCUUUGGGAGUUGAUCCAGUAGUAGCAUGCAAUAAAAUUCAGGCGGAUUGUGAUGCAGCUGGUAAAUGUUCACAAAAUGUAACUGCUCGCCAACAACUGGCCAUGCAAGGAGAUUGUGACAGCCAUGGGACCAAAGUAAAUAGCAACUUGUCAGAUCAGAGUUCAUUAGGAGGCAGCGUAAGUAGCUCCUUUGGUGCUACUGUUGAAGCACUGAAGCUCAAGAUUAAUAAUUCCAAUGACUCUGUAGAUGAUCUGGAUCACAUUGUACUAAAAGAGCGACUCAGGAUGCUGCUAUCAAGGAAAAUGUUGAGGAUGGAAAAGCCAGAGCUGGAGGAAAUAUCCUUGGAGUUAAAUUCAUGUGAUAAACUUGAUAAUGCACCUGCAAGCAUAAAUACUGUGUCUGGUUCAACUGUAUUGAAUUUGGUCAAAGUCAAGGCUGAACCAUUAGAUAACAAUGAAUCAGACACCCAAGGCAGGAAUGCUAUGGGUAAUUUCUCUUUUAACAUAGUACAUGCGAAGAGUGAACUGGAGCUCUCUGAUGAACUCAAUAGAGACAGUGUAGAUCACAUGCAACUGCGAAAUCGGAUGAAUUUGCAGAUACCAAGAGCUGAUUAUGAAUUAAAUAGUUCAGGGAAUUAUGAAUGCCUGAUGAAAAUUGGCCCCUCUGUUGAUAAUGAUCCUGCUCCCAUGGAAGCUUCAAACACAGUAAGGAUCAACCGUCCACGGAAAAGGAAAAAGACUGCCACGAAUUCAAUAGAAACGGCUCUGGAGGAAGAUGCUCCUGGGCUUCUACAGGUGUUAGUUGAACAAGGGGUAUCAGUUGAUGAAAUUAAGCUUUAUGGAGAGGCAGAUAAUGAUGAAGCCAUUGAUGAAUCAUUCAUUGAAGAUGGCUUUUCAGAGCUUGAAGAUGUGAUGUCAAAGAUAUUCUUUCAGCGCAACUCUUUUUUAAAGUUUGCUACUUUCCGAUGCACAAAGGGUACAAAGCCCAGUUAUUGCUUGGCUUGUCUAUUCUCACUCGUGGAGCAGACACGAUAUCUACAAUUUCGUAAUUGGCCUGCUGAAUGGGGUUGGUGUCGAGAUGUCCAGUCGUUUAUAUUUGUGUUUGAAAAGCAUAGAAGAAUAGUGCUGGAACGCCCUGAAUAUGGCUACGCCACAUAUUUCUUUGAGCUGGUUGACUCCUUAUCCACUGAUUGGCAGAUCAAGCGGUUGGUUACUGCCAUGAAACUUACAAACUGUGGCAGGAUUACCCUAAUUGAGAACAAAACGUUAUUGGUUGGAGAAGAUUUGACAGAAGGUGAGGCACGGGUGUUAAUGCAGUAUGGCUGGACACCAAAUAGUGGCAUAGGAACUAUGCUUAAUUACCGGGACAGAGUUGUUCAUGACCGGAAGAAUGAGAAGGAAAGCUCGGAAUGGAAAUCAAAAAUAGGGAAGUUGCUGAUGGAUGGCUAUAAUGGGGGAACUCUCGUCUCAUCCAACGUCCAGGAAAAUGUUAUACAAUGUGGGGUUGACGAGGGCCCCCAAAUUAAAAUGGAGCCCUAAUUUAAGUCUUUGUUUUCCCCUUUAUGUGUUGUGGACACAACAUGCAUGACCUCAAAAUUCGUUAUUUAUAAGCAAUCCAUAGGCUUUUGUGCAGUUAAUCUCAACAAAUGAUACAAAUCUGCUGUACUGAUUUUCUUGUGGUUUAUAUACCGACAAUGUGGAUUCUUUUA